CCCACGGCAAGGCUGGUGGCAGUGGUGGGAGACGGAGCAGUGAGCAGGCUUGGAAGGGAUUUGGAGGUCACAAGUGAAGCUGUGCUGCACCAUAUGGCCAGACGGCUGACAUUUGUGGACCCAGGCUUCCAGCUGGAUGUCUACACCGACACAGACCUCCUGGACUCAGAGAGCCUAAAGGCGUUCAGAAAGUGCGCGGCCGCAGCAGACAUUGUUUAUGUAGAGGGACUUCACAGCGCGGAGGCAGCUGGGAUCCUAGCGAAGAACACCGCGCAAGUGCCGACUUUUGUGGCGUUCGAUAGCGCCCCGGAGCUGCACGCACUCAAUCGCCUGGGCGGCCUAUUAUCGGCGAAUUCAGGUCGUAAGUCCUCGCGCGCACAGGAGCUAUCCGCAUCAAUCCAGACCCUUUGGGAUCGCCACAGCUCAGAUGACUUGGUGUCCCUUCUCCUCGUCCUCAUCGAUGCCUUCUAUAUUGGUGCUGUCCAGGUUCCCCGGCUGGACAGUCUGAGAGCGUCAGGGCCGCUGGCACUGGCGCGCAUGAUUACCAAAUGCGGCCCUCAGAUCUUUGCGUGCGUCAACGACCCUGAGUGCAAGGCCGCACUGGACUGCCUGCAGUCUUGCUCACCAACUGACCAGGUUGUGUGCUCCUACCGGUGCAUAGUGUCGCACGAGUCGCAGCUGCUGGAGGAUUUCUCGCUGUGCAUCCUGCAGAAACACAACUGCCUGGGCAAGAGCGCAGAAAUACCCGAGCUGCCCAAUCCCCCGCCCAUGGGCAGCCACAGAGGGCAGCCCCUCACGCAUGACACUGCAGAGGCUCUCUUCAUUGGCUGGCUUGGGAAGGAGGAGUGGAGCUGGAGAGUAGUGGCAGGCCAAAAUGCGGCGUAUGAUCAGUUCCCCUGCCAGUACCAGAUCUUCUACCGCGGCAAAGCCAAGCGCUCAAUGUGGUAUGACCCUGUCUUCCAGGUGAGGACGUUGGAUGGGAGGGUGGUUUGGCGAAGGCGCCACUACAGGGUGCGCCGUGCUGAGGUGCCAGGCACAUUCCACUUCUCAGUGCUGGACAACGGCGUCAUCAGCAAGGAGUUCUGGAGGAUUGUGGAUGUGCCGGACGACUUGUCAUGGGCGCUGUUUGCAUAUUCCGGCGCGGCGUCGGCUGCGGGGCAGGUAUACACUGGAGCCGUCCUGUGCACACCCGAUGGGCUCUGGCCUGCACCCUCUCAGGAGGAGCGCAUCAAUCGCGCCCUCAGGCUGUCAGGCAUAGAACCGUGGGAGCUGUUUCGCGUGGACAACAGCUGCUGCCAAGGCAUGCCCCUGGGUGUGCCUGAGAAGGAUGCGGCCUCAAAUCCAGCUGAGCAAUCUCUGGUGAUGGCCCAAACGGCCUAG